UCCGCGCAAAUUGCAAUCAUUUUCUGACAUGAAAGCGCGCAGAAUAAAAAGGAAUCUCGGUAGCUCCAAAAAUCCACAAACAUCUUCCCGAUUCUCUCGUAACUCCUCCACCCCUUUACCUUCUUCGAAAAGUUCCAAACUUUGCAAACAAAACUCGUGAUUGACUCGGUGCGAGUUCAGACUCAGUGACCGACGAGGUGCUCAUGGGGAAGACGGCUGUGGGAGCAGCAGUGGUCUGCGCGGCGGCUGCAGCGGCGGCACUGGUGGUGCGCCACCACUUCGGAAACUCAGCAAAAUGGGAACGCGCAGUAGCGAUAGCGAAGGAACUUGAAGAACAGUGUGCUACACCAACUUCGAAGCUGAAGCUCGUAGCUGAAGCCAUGGAGGUUGAGAUGCACGCUGGUCUUGCUUCUGAUGGUGGAAGCAAGCUCAAGAUGUUGAUAAGCUUUGUUGACAAUCUUCCUACCGGGGAUGAGAAAGGAACCUUUUAUGCAUUGGAUCUUGGUGGGACGAACUUUCGCACCCUUCGUGUGCAAUUAGGUGGAAAUGGGAAAGGCAUUGUCAAAAUAGAGCACAAUGAAGUUUCGAUUCCUCCUCAUUUGAUGACGAGUUCAUCGGAUGAAUUAUUUGAUUUUAUAGCAACAUCGCUUGCAAAGUUCAUUAGUUCUGAACCCGAAGAGUUUCAUCCUCCCCCUGGCAGACAAAGAGAACUGGGAUUCACCUUCUCAUUUCCAGUGAGGCAAACAUCAAUUGCAUCUGGAACUCUAAUAAAGUGGACAAAAGGUUUCAAUAUUGAGGAUAUGGUUGGAGAAGAUGUGGUUGGGAGGCUAACCAAGUCAUUGGAGAAAAUUGGCCUGGAUAUGCGUGUUGCAGCACUAGUUAAUGAUACUGUUGGAACAUUAGCUAGAGCGAGAUUUGGCAAUCAGGAUGUCAUUGCUGGUGUGAUUCUUGGUACUGGGACAAACGCAGCAUAUGUAGAACGUGCACAAGCAAUUCCCAAAUGGCAGGGUCUUCUACCAAAUUCAGGAGAGAUGGUUAUAAACAUGGAGUGGGGAAAUUUCCUCUCCUCCCAUCUUCCUCUAACAGAAUAUGACAAAGCUUUAGAUGUCGAAAGCCUAAACCCUGGAGAACAGAUUUUCGAGAAGUUAAUUUCUGGUAUGUAUUUGGGGGAGAUUGCAAGGAGAGUUUUACUAAAGAUGGCUGAAGAAGCUGAUUUGUUUGGAGAUAGUGUGCCACCAAAGUUGAGAACUCAAUUCAUACUUAGGACACCAGACAUGUCUGCUAUGCAUCAAGACACAUCAUCAGAUCUGAAGGUCGUUGAAAAGAAAUUGAGGGAUGUUUUAAAGAUCGAUAACUCGUCCUUAGAAAUGAGGAAGAUUGUUGUAGAAGUCUUCGACAUUGUUGCUAUUCGUGGGGCUCGACUGGCUGCCGCAAGCAUGGUAGGCAUCCUUAAGAAAAUAGGAAGAGACACUGUCAAGGAUGGGGGAAAACAAAGAACAGUGAUAGCAGUGGAUGGUGGAUUGUUUGAACACUAUGCUAAAUUCAGAAAUUGCUUGGAGAGUACAGUGAAAGAGUUGUUGGGAGAUGAAGUAGCUGAGACCAUUGCUAUGGAGCAUUCCAAUGACGGCUCUGGCAUUGGCGCAGCCCUCCUUGCAGCUUCACACUCCCAGUAUUUGGGAAUCACAGAGUCCUAAAGAUGUGGUUAAUGCCAAGGAUAAACAAAGUGUAAUUUAAGCUUCCUUUUCUGUUUUUGUAUAAAUAAUAUAUCAAGAGAUUGUAGCAGCAAAGCCUUAAUUAAAGGUCCAAGAGAGCUUGUAAGUGAAGGAUAGGGCUGUGUUUAUCUGGGAAAUAAUUUUGGUUAGAGUGUCUGUCUCUCCCAUGCUAAGGAAUAAUAGGGAGUGACCUAAUUGUAAACUGCAGUUUUGAUUACUCUACUUUUUGCCAAUGUAACCUUGUUUUCAACAUAAUAAAUUAUGGUUUAAUUUA